GCCAAAGAUUGCACCGUCCUUGAUGCUGCUCCCCAGUGUUCGCUAAUCUCUUGAUGCAUCUUCCCAUCAUGGCCGUAUCAGAUAAUGUGUUCCGCGGCACCGACUCGGUGGCCGACUUCUACGACCCCGACAAGAACCCCCCACUGCCACUGGUCGAGAUUCCCGAACGCUUGAACCCGUACAGGCAAGAUGGUGUGCGGAUAUACGCCAAGAUGCUCACGCAUCUGCCUGCCCAAAACGUCAAAUCUUUACCCGCACUCAAGAUGCUUCGAGGAAUCCCAGAGGCACAAGAUAAGGCCAUCGUUGAAGCAAGUUCCGGAUCGACCGUGCUAUCGCUUGGAAUCAUUGCCCGCGUACUCUGGGGCCAUGAGAACGUCAACGCAUAUGUGACGAAUAAGAAACACCCCGAGUCACUCAACCUGCUUCGCUUUUUCGGCAUAACACCACAUCUGUAUGGUGGGCUCGCACAGCAAGAACCAACAGACGAAUCGGGGAUUAUGUGUCGGCUGCGGCGGCUCGCGGCGAAUCAGGAUGAUACCACAUAUCCGGGGCAAUAUGAUAACGAAAAUAACUGGAAAGCACAUGAGCAAUGGACAGGGCCGCAGAUACUCAGACAACUUCCAGAAAUCAACAUAUUGUGCACCACAGUGGGUACCGGAGGCUGUAUCACUGGGACAGCAUCCUAUCUCAAGGCACAAAAGCCGUCAUGUCGCACACUAGGAGUGUUCAAUGUGUUUGGUGAUCCGACUCCUGGGCCGAGGCACUUCCAAGGUUUCAAUACAUGCGGUUUUCCUUGGACACAGAACGUCGAUACAUUUGUCGAAGUGCCAUCAACGGACUCGUUUCGCAUGUCAAUGAAACUGACGAGGGAAGGCCUAAUCGCCGGCCCCUCGUCUGGGCAAGCACUGAAAGGUCUACUCGACUAUCUUGGGCAGCUCAAGAAAACUGGCACAUUAACCCAGCUUGCCGACGAGACAACGGGGGAAGUAUCCUGUGUGUUUACAUGCAGCGAUUUACCGUACCAGUACCUCCCGCAAUACUUUGAGAAAUUAGAUGCCGAGGAGUUCCCACCCAUUGAAAACAAGAUCCUCCUACAAUGCGAUCAAGCACGCCACGACGAGCGCUGGAUCCUCGAACCAGCCCAGGUCGCCGCCAUGCUCCGGCUCACACCAUCACCCUCCCAAUCCCCCCACAAGAACGAAACCAACAUCUCCUCCACCAGCCUCGACUCCUCUCUCGAACCCCCGCAAACCCCCGCCACCACCCGCCCUCCAACCAUCUGGUCAACCCUCCGAUCCUGCCUCGCCGGCCUCUUCCACCCCAGCCCCCCAACCCCAACCUCACCACCAGCAAACCACCACCCCGUUUGCUGCACCGCCCACCCAACCCCCCCAACCAACACCACCACUACAACCCCCCUAAUCAUCGACCUCCGCCCCACCCCCUCCUUCAGCACCAACCACAUCCCGCACUCCCUCCCCCUCGCCCUCGAAGCCCUCACCCCCUCCCAGCGCGCAGCGGGGGACCUCUUCGGCGACCCCGACGCCAUCCACCGCGCGUGGACGGGCAUCCAAGCGCUUGUUUCGCGUCCCGAGGUGGGGGCGGUGUUGGAGAGGGUGAAGAGGGAGGGGAGGGCGGUGCUGGUGGUGUGUGAAGAUGGGGAUGCGGGGAGGUUGGGGACUGCGACGUUGAGGGAGAGGGGGGUGGAGGCGUUUAGUGUGAAGGGGGGGUGGAGGGGGUUGGGGGGGGUUUCGGCGUGAUGGUUCAUGGAGGGGAGGGGGUGAUGGCGUGAGGUGCUAAAAGGGAUGGGG